AAUCCAACAUGGCCGCCUGGCGCCUCUUGUAGGGUCAGGUGACCUGAGCCGCCGCGCUGUCACGUGGCCCGUGCGAAGAGGCCACGUGGCUGACGGGCUGUAGCUGCUUUGAUCUCUGAUAACAGACUAUAUGUGUAUUUCACAUCCAGCAUGGCUGAGAAGAGGAGCACAGGUAGACAGUCACUCCUGCUGUUGCUGAUCAUUGCCGUGGCCUUUGCACAUUUAACUGUCUGUCCAUUUACAAAAGUAGAGGAGAGUUUCAACCUCCAAGCCAUCCAUGACAUUGUGUACCACAGACUGGACUUGGAGAAGUACGACCAUCAUGAAUUUCCUGGAGUUGUCCCAAGAACGUUUCUUGGACCAGUCUUUAUUGCUGCGCUUUCCAGCCCAGCUAUAUUCAUGCUGUCUAGAUUGCAAAUGUCCAAGUUUUACUCCCAACUGAUAGUCCGAGGAAGUCUGGGGCUUAGUGUGAUUUAUGCACUAUGGAAAUUAAAGAAAGAAGUUAAAAAGCAGUUUGGAUCAACUGUAUCGACGAUCUUCUGUCUAAUAACUGUUACUCAGUUUCAUCUAAUGUUUUAUUGCACUCGAACACUUCCCAAUAUGUUCGCACUUCCUAUUGUUCUCUUGGCACUUACAUCUUGGAUACAGCAAAAGCACGGACCAUUUAUUUGGUACUCAGCACUGGCAAUUAUUGUCUUUAGAUCAGAGCUCUGUAUCUUCUUAGGCCUCAUGCUUCUGGUGACAUUACUAAGUAAAAGAAUCUCCAUUUUAAAGAUGCUUUCCCAUGCUGUUGCUGCUGGCGUUGUUUGGUUGGGACUAACAGUUGCUGUGGAUUCUGUGUUUUGGAGGCAGCUUCUAUGGCCGGAGGGGAAAGUGCUUUGGUAUAAUAUAGUUUUAAAUAAAAGUUCAAACUGGGGAACUUCUCCCUUCUUGUGGUAUUUCUAUUCAGCCCUGCCUCGUGCUUUGGGAUGCAGCAUUAUAUUUGUGCCUCUAGGUGCAGCAGACAAAAGGACUCGGAUAUUAAUUCUACCAACGCUGGGUUUUAUUUUUUUGUAUUCCUUUCUCCCACAUAAAGAGCUGCGGUUUAUCAUAUACACUUUCCCUGUCUUCAACAUAGUGGCUGCCAAAGGCUGCACACGAAUUUUGCAUAACUACAAAAAAUCCUGGCUAUAUAAACUAGGAUCGCUGUUGGUUAUGACACAUCUCCUUAUUAAUGCUGCUUAUUCAGGAACAUCAUUAUAUGUUUCACAUUUCAACUACCCUGGAGGAGUUGCAAUACAGAAAUUACAUGAGUUAGUGCCUUCAACUGCAGAUGUCUCUGUCCAUAUUGAUGUGGCUGCUGCACAGACUGGAAUUUCUCGAUUUUUGGAAGUCAACUCAAAUUGGAGGUAUGACAAAAGGGAAGAUGUUAAACCUGGGGACCAGUUGAUGUUGUCUUAUACACACAUUCUAAUGGAAAUGGAUCCCAUUCAAAUAUCUCAUUACAAGACGACCCAUCGACCACUUGCACAUAUAUCAGGCAUCAGUAAAAUUAGGUUGAACUUUACCACACUACCUCCUUUUACUUUAAACUUAAAACCAAAAUUAAUACUGUUGGAAAAGUUUACUAGCUCUUCUUGACCAUAAAGAAGUUUUUUUGACAUAACUUUACUAAUAGCUUGAUAAUCUCCACAAUUGCAGUUUGCCUUUCUAACAAUGCAAUUCAGCAGCUGUGGAAAAGUACAAUCUUUGUAUUGAUUAACUUAUUUACCUAAACCUCUGCUUCUUACAUAAAUUACAGAAAGCUUUCCAGCAUUAUGUAAAUCCAAUCCACAUCAUGAUUGAGCUGUAUAUUGUAUGGAUCUUCUUUGAAACAUUUUCAAGGUCAGCAUUAUUAAAUAGAUUUGAUUUGA